AGGCAGAAAUGUAAUCAAAACACAUUGAGGACCAUUCUGAUCAUUUUCUCCCCCAAAGGUUUUAUAAGGGGACAUAAGUUGAACACCACCUUGGGUUUCAUUUCAUAUUUCUGCAAUUCCCUAAAAAAUACUUUCUUUUCAAGUUGUUUCAUUUUGUUUGUGGACCUUCAUUAACAACACUUUUGCCCGAGCCAUCUCUUUCUCCGGCGAAAUUGACUUCUAGACUCCAUUUUUGGGACUAUACUGGGGGUGUUUUUGUUGAUUAUCUCAUAUUAAUACUGACUGUCUAUCGGAAACAAGCGCUCCACUCAUCCCAAACAAAGAAGGAUAACUAGUUAGAUUGCAGCUGCUCGGAGGGUUGAGUGACAUUGAGAAAAUGAAAAGGGGAGCACACGUAAAGUGGGAUGAGGCGAAUUUGGGAGAAAUUGAAGCAAAUAAACCGGUGAGGCAGAAAAUUACUGAACCUAAGACACCAUAUCACCGCAUGAUCGAUGAUGAUGGAUCUUUAUCUCCUAUACGGGGUAGUUUUGAUGAGAGCAAUGGCAAUGCAGUACAUGCAGAAGCCAUACGCAGUGCUUUGAGUGAGAUGGCUUCUUCCAGUAAGAAUAAAUCCAGACGUUCUGGCUGGACAUCAUCUGAGGAUGAAGCCGAUGUCAUGGACCAAGAUGAUGCAGAUUCAGAUUCAGGAAAGAGAAACAGCUUCAAGGAGCACAGGCGAGCACACUAUGAUGAGUAUCGAAGAGUCAAAGAACUCCGUCGAAAGGGCUCCUCUCUUGAAGAAACAUCAGACGAUGAGGAUGAGGAUCUUGUGGAAAAGGAUGGGACUUCCGAUUCAUCAUCAUCCUUGACUACUGCUGUUAAGGACAUAGAGAUUAAGGAAGACAGCAUGGACACUUCUAAAUAGUACCCUUUCCCAGUCCUUCAAGCUUAGAUCAACCAGACGGAAAUUGUUGAUUUGACUUUAUAUCCAUGCUCCCUUUGUUUAUAUCCGUCUAACUUCUAUUUGUAAGUUGUGUAUUAAGGCCUCAACCUUCAGGAUGAUAAAGCUCUGAUAUAUCGAAUGACACAUAUUUAGUUA